AUGCCUACAGAAGGUGACAGCCCUGGUGACAUUUCUCCCCCUGAACUGUUAGGAGCGGUGGGCUGCAUGAAGAUGGAGCGCUUCUCGUCCAGGAUGAUUCUGAUCAUGGUCAUUUCCAAAGCAUUUGAACCGGAAUUAGUUGCUGGGUUGGGCCACCAUGAACGCACACGUCCGUCACAAGGAGACCCGGCCUUGCAGCAACCGGAGGAGCCAGCUCUCCGUCAUCGGCCUUUCCACUUCGUGCCGCCCCUGAGAAUCCAGGACAGUGAGGAGCUCAACAAGACCUGCUGCCUGAAUGGGGGGACCUGUAUGCUGGGGUCCUUUUGUGCCUGCCCCCCCUCCUUCUAUGGACGGAACUGUGAGCAUGACCGGCGCAGAGAGAACUGUGGGUCUGUGCCCCAUGACACCUGGCUGCCCCGGAAGUGUUCCCUGUGUAAAUGCUGGCAUGGCCAGCUGCGCUGCUUCCGUCAGACGUUCCUACCGGGCUGUGAUGGCCAAGUGACGGAUGAACACCUCACGGCUUCCAGCGCUCCAGAACUGGCACCAUCAGCAUGCUCCACUCUCCUGCUGGCUGGCACCUGCCUUGCUAUACGGAGUUAAUAUCCGUUGACAUUUGCGUGUGACAUCUGUCAUGCGGAUCUCAUGACCUGUGAAGCUGUCUCUCCAAGGUCCUGAGAGAUGAUCAUUUGUUGGUUGCCUCGAAGUAGUGAUAGACUUCCAUAUGGUCCCUGACACUCCUCACCGUGCAAACGUGCCUCCGAGAUACUGCAGGUUUGGUUC